GUCAUUACUCUCAUUCACGAAAGCACCAAUCAGAUUAGAGUACCCACUGAACUGCAGUGCAGGCAACCUCACCAAAGCCUGCCCUGGAAACUACCCCACCAAACACAACCCCACAAAUCCUGACCAUUCAUCAACCAACAUGACCUGCCCUGACUACUUCCGAUGGAUCCAUCAAGAUCUACUGCCCUGGAAGCAGACCGGAAUCACCAGGGACAUGGUGGACCGGGCCCAAAGAACGGCCCAUUUCAGACUUGUGAUCAUUGAUGGGAAGGCCUAUGUUGAGAAGUUCAGAAAGUCCAUACAGACUAGAGAUAUGUUCACCUUGUGGGGCAUUUUACAGCUCCUGAGAUGGUACCCUGGAAGGCUGCCUGACUUGGAGCUCAUGUUUGAUUGUGAUGAUAGGCCUGUUGUUCGAAUGAGAGACUUCCGGGGCCCGAACGCUGCCCCACCGCCAUUGUUCCGGUACUGUGGAGAUGAUUGGAGCUUGGACAUUGUGUUUCCAGACUGGUCUUUCUGGGGUGGUAAGGCUGAGACCAAUAUAAAGCCGUGGAGAAAUGUGCUAAAGGACAUAAAAGAAGGCAACAGAAGAACCAAAUGGAAGGGCAGGGUCCCCUUGGCAUACUGGAGAGGAAACCCCCAUGUGGCUCCAACAAGGGGUGAUCUUCUCAAAUGCAAUGUCUCCGACAAAGCCGACUGGAACACUCGCCUAUACCUUCAGGACUGGGACCAACAGUCUAAAAUAGGGUACAGGCAAUCUAACUUAGAGGACCAAUGCACCCACAGAUACAAGAUUUAUAUAGAGGGAUGGGCGUGGUCUGUGAGUGAGAAGUACAUUCUAGCUUGUGACUCCAUGACCUUAUUCAUAAGGCCCCGUUACCAUGAUUUCUUCAUAAGGGGGUUGGUGCCAUUGCAACAUUAUUGGCCUAUUAGGGACAACAAGUGUAGGGAUCUUAGGUUUGCUGUGGAAUGGGGCAACAAUCACACCGAUAAGGCACAGACAAUGGGGGAGACGACGAGCAAGUUCAUUCAGGAGGAUCUGAAGAUGGAUUAUGUGUAUGAUUACAUGUUCCAUCUAUUGAACGAGUACGCGAAACUCUUGAAGUUCAAGCCAACCAUACCACCAGGAGCAGUGGAGGUUUGUGCAGAAACAAUGGCAUGCCCUGUAGAAGGUGCAUGGAGGAAGUUCAUGGAGGAAUCCCUAGAGAAGAUUCCUACUGAUACCACUCCUUGCAGCUUGCCUCCUCCAUAUGAUCCUCCAGGGUUCCAUGAUUUUAUUGAGAGAAAAGCCAAUGCAACAAGGCAAGUGGAGCUGUGGGAGAAUGAAUAUUGGGAUAUGCAGAAUAAGAAGCAAUAGAAGGCCUCUCCUGGAUGGUUCUAACUUGUAGAUUAUAAUUGGUAAUUUUCACUA